UCUUACCUUCAACCAUGACUAGGGCUUAUCUCAUAACCUCCUCCCUGUUAGCCCUAUCGCUCUCUUCAACUAUCUACGCUACCCCACUCUCUACAUAUCCCAACUCCAACAGUAACCCUCCUUACCGUAACUUCCUUGAGAAGGCACCCCUCCUUCAAGCUGAGCACUACCAUGGCAGAAUUAACAACUCAUACAUGGUCGUCCUCAAACACGAAUCUUCUCGGAGUGUGGUGGAUAACCACAUGAACUUUUUGCAGAGUGAUCACUUUACCAGCUCAUUCCAACGAGAGCACGCUGGUGUUCGCCAAAUUUAUGAUGGUGGACAUAUCAAGGGGUACGCGGGGGAGUUCUCGGAGGACGCCAUUGAACAGUUAAGGUCCAGGCCAGAGGUCGAAUACGUCGAAGUAGACCAGGUUGUUAAGGUCAGCGAGACCAAAACCCAGUCUGGUGCACCUUGGGGCCUUGCUCGUAUCAGUCACCGUAAACGACUGUCCUUUGGUACAUUCACCAAAUAUCUCUAUGAACCGAAUGGUGGUGAAGGUGUUGACGUCUAUGUCAUUGAUACCGGUAUCCACAUAGGACACCCCGAAUUCGAGGGUCGUGCCAAAUGGGGCAAGACGAUUCCUCAGAACGAUGUCGAUGAGGAUGGGAAUGGCCAUGGUACCCACUGUGCUGGUACCAUUGCAUCGAAAGCAUAUGGUGUUGCCAAAGGUGCGAACGUCAUUGCGGUGAAGGUCUUGGGCUCCAACGGAAGUGGCUCAAUGUCGGAUGUCGUUGCUGGGGUGGAAUGGGCUGCCAAGUCAGCUCAGGCUAAGUUGCUCAAGUCACAGGAAGAGUACAGGCAGACAGGCAAAACCAACCACAAGGGGUCUGUUUCAAACAUGAGUCUUGGUGGUGGAAAGUCCCAGACUUUGGAUGCCGUUGUCGACGCGGCUGUUGCAGGUGGCAUGCACUUUGCUGUCGCCGCAGGCAACGAGAACCGUGACGCUUGCAACUCGUCCCCUGCGGCGUCGAAGAAUGCCGUCACUGUCGGCGCCUCUACCCUCGACGAUUCGAGAGCAGACUUCUCUAACCAUGGUCCUUGUGUUGACAUCUUUGCUCCUGGUCAAGCAAUCAAAUCCACCUGGAACGAUGGUUCGACCAACACCAUCUCCGGAACUUCUAUGGCUUCCCCGCACACGGCUGGCGCCUUGGCUUACCUCCUCUCCCUUUAUCCCUCUAAGACUUUUAACCCUCUGUUUUCUGAAGAGCUCGACCUCAGUGAAGGAGCACAGAAGACCUUCUCGACCGGUUCCCUCUACGCUCUCGCCCGUUCUGCAUUACCUUCCUUCAUCUCAAAUUAUCUUCCGGAUCCUUCCCUCUUUGCUGGUGAAAGUGAUGUCGCCCCGGUUCCAAAGACGAUUACUCCAUUGCAGAUGAAGAAGGCAUUGAUUGCUCUUUCCACGAAGGAUGUUUUGAGUGGACUACCAGGCAAUACAGUCAACCUAUUGUUGUUCAACAACGCCACUUCUUACUAAGUGAUGGACGGAUGGUAUGGGUUGUGUCCCUUGUAACUAUUUUCGUGUCACUCUUCUAUUUAGUCGGCGGAGUUUCAUUGCAUUUACAUUGUCCGUAUUUCCCUGUGUAUUAAUGGAUACAUUCAUGAUCAUGGCGAGGUCGGAGGAUGGAAGUGCUUUUUGUCGGAAAUUCAACUUGUCUAUUUGCUAAACAAACAAACAAACAAUCGUCAGCCUCGCCCACCAGGAUCGAUCUUAAUUGUCGCUGGCCAUUCAAAUAUUCAACAUUCAAUGUUGUUCAACAUGCUCAUUGCUUUAGCCAAUUCGGUGCGUUAAAUACGUCGAUUCUCGCUCAACACGAACAGUUCUGGAACUUUCUCUGCGUACCUGUCCACUCUGUCCAGUCUUCUGCCCUCGACAAACCCAAAAAGCUUCCUCAGGAUAGAAGCCACGAUAUACGUCGUCCUAACUCCAUCAGCCUUUCCCAACUGAGCCCCAAGUGUUCCCUCUUGCCCCAACCGUUCCACCCACAACGGAAUAUCACUAAAGUCAAGAUGCAUCGUCCCAUUCACCUGGAAACUCCUCCUCCAUCCACUCUGCCCAUUAUUGAAAUACUUCCACGUUGGAUCGCUGUCAGACGAUGACUCUGAACCAUAAAAGUGCUGUUCACCCGCCAAUUCCAUGAACGGGCGGUCGAGAUCAGUAACCGGUGUGCUAUCAUUCAAGUACUGGAUGAAUGUCCCGUCCAUGUUUCCUCCUACUUUGAACAGAGAUGCAAUCUUUGUAUCGUUCGCUGCCAUGACUCCAGCUGCACCUGCACCUCCAAUGCUAUGUCCAAAGAUUCCAAAGUGGGUCGUGUUGAUCGGGAUGCCGUAGGUGCGAAUAAGAGAAGGAAGGAAGGGUUCGCUCAUCACUGCAAGGACGUCUGAAACGCGAUAAUCAUAAACAGCUCUAGGUACUUCAGGCGCCGACUCAUUGAGGCUUCCUGGAAUGCCCCUUCCGCCGUAUGGAAGUUGGAUAAAGGGAGCUUCUCCUGGGUGAUCGAUGGAAACGACAUUGUAGCCGUAAGAGGCGAGUUCGGACUGGAUUGCGGUGUAACCGACACAUGGGAGUCCAAGGCCGGGAAGGAAGAUGAUGGUUGGAUAUGGAGACGUGCCGUUUCCGAAUUCGGGACGGGUACCGAGGAGAGUGGGAGCUUCGAAUUGGAGUCUUGUGGUGAGGGUGGACAUCGAGCCUUUGGACAAUCCGAAGGUUUCUUCGGCUAGUUUGGCGGUUAUGGGGUCAACAUACGGGACCGUCGUGUUAGGAAUUUGGGGGGUGGGGUAGUAAAUGGUCAGCAGCAAGAUGUCGCCAGGCGUUGUGGGAUCGUUGGGGGUGGUAUGGUUCAGGACUUGUUGGAUAUAGCCAACGUGGUAUGGCCCGGUUGAAUCCCAGAGGGAGAUGGCUUCUGAAAAGUCGGCGAGUAUGGUCCAGAUGGCUAGAAGGAGGAAACGCUUCAUGCUGGGUCGUAUUUCUCGUUGCCCAAGUUCGUUUUUUAUUCACAGCUCUGUCGAAUUCUAGGAUAAUCGAAGCGACUGCUGCGGGGUAUUAGUCAAUGUUGAAGUAAAGGUGUGCCAGGCUGUCCCUCAUCAUUUCUUUACCUUGUGCUCCGGAUAAAGUAUUUCAAUACUUUUAUAUUGAACUGGCUUAUUGUUCUGAGCUCUUUAAUUCUCUUUUUGAGAACAGGACUGACAGUAUGAGACGUAUUGUUGGUGACAUGAAUCGAGCCAGAGCCUCGCCAGUGUUACUUAUGUCCAAAGAUCCCAAAAUGUGUCGUGUUGAUGGGGACACCGUAGGAGCGAAUCAUGGAAAGGAAGGGAAGGGCCGCUCAUCAUCGCAAGGACAUCGCGGACAUCGUACACGGCGAGGGAUUCUUCAGCUGUGGGAGGAUGUCUGAGAUCGGGUACGCCCAUAAAUGGUCAGCGC